AUGGCGUCGAGGACAAUGUUGAUUGCUGCUUUCUUCGUGUUUGCAAUGGGUGAGUCCAUUUUAGUCCAGUCGGCGGAUGACACCGUUGUCAUUACCACGAGAUAUGGAUCAGUUCGUGGAGUAAUCCGUCGAUUUCAAGGUAUCAACAAACCCAUCAAAACCGUGAACAAGUUCCUUGGUAUUCCAUACGCCGCGCCACCGGUGAACGAACUGCGGUUUAAACCUCCAAAACCAGUCUCCACUUGGCAACCCUCUACCUACGACGCCUCAUAUUAUCGAAGUAUUUGCACACAGCCUGGUGACUACAACAUACUCUUCUGGCCGAAUUUCUCGCAUCCUGAGAGCGAGGACUGUUUGUACCUGAACGUGUAUACACCCCACCACAACGGAAGUUUCGGGGCCGUAAAGAGAUUAUACCCGGUCAUGGUGUACAUUCACGGAGGGGGAUACGAAGUGGGUACUCCUGUUGUAUCCCCCGGGGACAUUGUACCCCUGUGGGAGGUGGUGCUCGUCACUAUACAAUAUCGUUUGGGUCCGUUUGGUUUCGUUACAACCGGCGACUCUGUAGCCCCAGGGAAUUAUGGAAUGUUGGAUCAGAUCGAAGCUUUGAAAUGGGUCAAAGAUAACAUUGAAAUGUUUGGAGGAGACCCUUCAAGUGUUACCAUAUUUGGUGAGAGCGCCGGUGGUUCCAGCGUGGGACUGCAUGUCCUGUCUCCUCUCUCGAAGGGCCUCUUCCAUCGCGCUAUUGCAAUUAGUGGAGUGGAACUUUCUCCUUACGCAAUAGGCUCCAAUGUAACUGCAGUUGUACACACGAACGAUUUGGCUAAAAAGCUUGGGUGUGCCACAGGUGAAACCGCUGCCACCAUAUCAUGCCUUCGCUCAAAGGAAGCUCAAAAACUCCUUUUACUUGACAGAGCCAACAUUUGGAGACCUGUGGUGGACGGCAACUUUCUUCCAGAUACCCCUGAGGAGCUCAGAAAAUCUGGCCGCUUUAACAAAGUUCCACUAAUGGCUGGCUUUACAAGCCAAGAAGGCGCAUAUUUUUUCCCGAGUCAAAUUGAAAACGUCACGCCCACAACUUUCCGCAAAAACCUGUUAUUUGCCUUCAAAUACAUCCUCAAUAAAUACGGACAAACUUUGGAGACUCCAAACAGAACUGAGGUUCCUAACUCUCUCCUAGACGCAGCCGUUUUUCAAUACACACCUUGGCCUUACGCUUCGGACAGUCAUAAACUUAAACGCGGUUUUUCUGACGUGAUCACGGAUUCCUGUGUGGCGGAGCCCGCGCAUUCAAGUUUGAGGUACCACAGCACGCAGCAACGGGCUUUUCUGUACGAGUUUGCGCAUCGCUCCAAGCUCGAUCCAGAGCCCGAAUGGUUGGGAGUACGCCACAAGGACGAUACACCAUACCAGUUUGGUUUCCCACUUAUGAACCUCACCGUGUUACAAAAUUACGACGAAGCCGACCGCAACAUAAGUGACACGGUUUUAACACUUUUCACGAACUUUGCCAAAUUCGGAAACCCGACGCCUGAGCCCGUCUUCGGGGCUUCAUGGCCGGCAUUCAACCAGAGUCAUUUGGCUUAUUUCCUAAUUCAAGGAAAACCGACGCAUGCGAGUAACUAUCGACCAACCAAGAUGGCAUUUUGGCGUGAGUAUUACAAAACAUUGCUUAAAGAGAAUAAUUGUCCUGAAGUUGUCUCUUCUACAAGUAGAGGAACACAGUUGAAAGAUGUACGACUGAUGAAAGCUAUUUUUUUUUCUCACAUGAUCCUUAUGUUUUGGCUGUUUUGA